AUGGAUCCGAACGUAACCCCUAACGAGACAGUCCAUAACGACGUCUCUAACAAAUACGACGUUGUAAUCAUCGGUGCUGGUCCAGUCGGGUUACUGCUCUCGACUUGUCUGGCACGAUGGGGCUACAAAAUCAAGCAUAUCGACAAUCGCCCUGAGCCCACAAAAACUGGCCGUGCGGAUGGAAUCCAGCCGCGAUCUUUAGAUCUUCUGCGGAAUAUGGGUCUAAAACCAGCUAUAAUGGCCCACGAGCCAGCAAAAGUCUACGAGGUUGCCUUUUGGGACCCAAGCUCGACGGAAUCAGGAAUCCACAGAACAGGGACAUGGGCUAGUUGCCCGAGCUUCAUUGAUGCUAGAUAUCCUUUCACAACCCUUUUACACCAAGGAUUGAUUGAGCGUGUAUUCAUAUCAGACCUGGAGAAGAAUGGCGUCAGUGUCCAAAGACCAUGGACGAUCAAAGGCUUCAAGACCGACGGGAAUGCAGAUCCCGAGUUUCCAGUGGAGGUAGAUUUGGAGCACGUUGACGGGAAAGGGAAGGAAACCGUGAGAGCGCGAUACCUGUUCAGUGGCGAAGGUGCACGAUCAUUCGUGCGCGACCAAUUGAAGAUCGGAAUCAAGCAUAAGGAUCCAAUCGCGCAUGUCUGGGGUGUGAUGGAUGGCGUCGUCAAGACGGAUUUUCCAGAUAUCAAAAUGAAAUGUACGAUUCAUUCAAAGCACGGCUCAAUCAUGGUUAUUCCACGAGAGAACGAUAUGGUUCGUCUCUAUAUUCAGAUCGCCUCGUCAACAGACAAAAACUGGGAUCCACGGCAGACUAAAACCGAACAAGAGGUGCAGAACUCUGCCAAACGAAUCCUUGAGCCAUACAGCAUUGAGUGGGAACGAGUUGAAUGGUUUUCUGUGUACCCCAUAGGACAGGGAAUCGCCGAAAAAUACACACUUGACCAUCGCGUUUUUAUGGGAGGAGAUGCUUGCCAUACACACAGCCCAAAAGCUGGUCAGGGCAUGAAUACCGCCUUCUUGGAUGCACUGAAUCUUGCUUGGAAAAUCCAUCAUGUCCAAGCAGGCUUUGCUGAUAGAUCUCUUCUUGAAUCCUACGAAUCCGAAAGAAAACUCAUUGCCGAGAAUCUGCUAAAUUUUGAUGCCAAGUAUGCGGCCCUGUUCUCGCAACGAGCCCCAGCCGCAAAGGAUGUUGCAGCAGCAUCUCAGCAGAGUGAUAAGACCGAAGACAAUGGAGGAGAAGAAAACCAGUUCAUCAAGACUUUCAAAGAGUCUUGCGAGUUUACUAGCGGCUAUGGCGUAGCAUACGACCCAAACCUUCUGAACUGGUCCCCUUCUCAUCCCGCACAGUCGAACCUCAUCAACCCCAGGGGUCACAAACUCCGCACAGGGCGCAUUCUCAUAAACUCCAAUGUUACCCGCGUUGUUGAUGCCAACGUUGUGCACUUGGAACAAGAAAUCCCCGUCAAUGGCUCUUUCCGGAUAUACAUAUUUGCAGGAAGGCCCUUAUCAUCUGGGAAGGCACUUCAAGACUUUGUGGAAAAUCUCAAGAAGAAGUCAUCAUUCUUCAGCUCGUAUUUACGUCCUGACAUUGACUCCGUGUCUCAUCAUGAGCGUCACAAUCCCCACAGCUAUUUCUUCACGUUCUGCACAAUUUUCAAUUCUAAAAGGAGCGAUAUUGAGAUUUCAAGAGAUGUGCCUCCUAUCUUGGCUAGGUAUAGGGACCACAUCUACGCGGACGAUAUCUGGGAUCAGAGAGUGCCUGAUGCUACGGCCGCAGCGCACGUGAAGAUGGGUCUAAAUGAGGAAACAGGUGGUGUUAUCGUUGUGAGACCGGACGGAUAUGUUGGCAUUGUCACAAGUUUGGUUGAAGGGAGUGGGCCAGUGAACGCAUUGAAUGAGUAUUUUGGAUCAUUUUGCACGAAGAAGCUAGGUGAGAGUACGGCACAUUUAUAA